AUGCAGGGUUUUGGGCGUAAUGGACCACGUUCCAAGAGUGGUUGUAGUACCUGCCGCCGUCGCAAGGUCAAAUGCGGUGAGGAGAAACCAGUUUGUGCAAGAUGCUCAUCCUUGCGCCUAAAUUGCGAAUGGGGGAUACCAGUGAAACAUGGACGAAGCACGCGAAUUCGUCACCUUGAACCUGCACCCGGAACCUCCGAACAAGCCUCUUCAAUACCUAAAGCCGAGGACCUUGUCGAGUUCCAACCAGAUGCCCUUUCCACAAGUCUCUCGCCGAUCUCUUGGACAUCGGACGUUUGUCUUGACACAUUCAACGUAGCGCCAAUUUCGCCCCCCAUAUACCCUUCCUUGAACGUCAAUGUCGCGUGCGCCAAUUCAUUGACACUCACCUCUCUCGAUCAACAACAUUUCCAGUACUUUCCUUCCUCCUCACUCGUAUUUUACUACAUGAAGAGAUGGAAUUGGAGCGGCUUAUGCCAUCUCUACGAAGGCCCGGCCGCAUCGAAUAGAGUAAUAAUGCGGAUGAUAUUGGCGUUAAGUGCAUCUGAUAUGCAUCGCAAUGGGCUGCUUAUGCGCUCUCAGGACCAUGGUCAGUACCAUUACAGCCAAGCGGUUAAAGAAUUCAGGCAAUUACUUGAGACGCCGCGCCAGGUUUCAUUGGAAGAUGUCGAGACGGUUUUUGCCACUGUAUUCUUGAUGAUAGCAUGGGAGUGGCAGUUCGGACACUCAGUACGCCAUCUUCAAUUCCACCUGCAGGGCGUGCGUUCACUUCUGGAAACACAUCCACAACUAUUUCGAAUUAAAGAUGUUAAUGAUAUGUUCUUCUCUCCCGGAGUCGACACAUUGACCGGUGAUACCGUGACCAUGGCCAAGGUCUCCUUCAUUCCCGAGCAGUUUUUGUUAUGGAUUCUAUAUAUCGAUGCUAGCUGUCGUCCCAUUGGUCUUACCGAGUCACUUAACGACUAUGUGGCCCAGUCUGGGAAUCCCGCUUUGCAGCCGGACCACCUUUAUCGAUGUGCUCGUCUUUGGGGCCGAUGCUUCUGGGGCGAGCAGUAUCCCGAGGAGGAAGUUCUAGACGACAUUGAAAAUUAUAGAGCUCUAGAGCUAUUGCAUGCCGGAUUUUGCCUACGCCAUCGCACUUGGAAGGUCCUCGUCGAAUCCGCGGCUGGUGCCGCCAACUCCACAGAACCCCUUUUCCGUGAGAUCCUCGCCACACGAGAAAAAUUCUCUGACCUUUUUAUCACUGCAAAAUUUGCCGGCAGCGUUUCCGCUCGACGCACGCUUAACACCAUAUACAUGGCCGUUUCUACCUUCUACGGCCAGGUCCUUUUCCACCGCCGGCUUCUCUGUGUCGAUUCUUUACCGCUAGGCAUUCACCAACAAGCUACAGCAGGGAUCAUUGACAUUUGCCAAAAACAAUUUUUAUCUGAUCCAAAGCUCCUCAGGCGUUUACACUGGCCGCUAUUGAUGGCGGUAAUUGAAACCAAUGAUAUAACACAUCAAAGGUGGCUCCGUCAGCGUCUAUCCGAACUGCGCAACUUUCAUUCCGAGUUUGUUUGGGGGCAUGAUGUGGCCGAGCAGAUUCUGGCUCAGCAAGAUGUGAGCCAGGGACGAUAUGCCAAUCUGGCCGAAUUUUUACUAAAGCGUUUUCAUGCGCAGUGA